CUUCCGCUCGUAUCGAAGUGCGCGUUGCUCGAGCCCAGCGUGUGUAAACAAACAAGGCCGUUGACUGAUGUAGACAGAAAUAGCUGCGUUCGGUUUCCGACGUUAACAUGGUGAAGUGUGUGGUGCGAGGAUGCCAGAACCAGAGCGAGCUGAAACCGGGGGAAAUGCGCAACAAGCCCCGGAAGCGCUUCUUUAGCUUCCCCGCGGAUCAGGGCCGCGUUAGAGUGUGGCUGGCGGCGUUGCGGGAGUCGGGACGCUUCUCCUCUGAGCACAAGAUCUGCGAGGAUCACUUUCUGCCCGAACAUAUUACCACGAGCGGUAUUAGCCCGGAGGCCGUCCCCAUCAUGCCGCCUCUGGAGGGAGCCAUCCCGGGCUCGGACGACUGGACCUCACCGGUGGAGCCCGGCGAAGACCCGGUUGAAGUGGUGACUGAAAUUCCAGCAGAUGAAGAAGAGGACGAAGAUGAAUAUGAUGAUGAUGAUGAUGAUGAGGAUGAUGAAGACGAGGAUGAUGAAGAUGAAGAUGAGGAGGAAUAUGAAGACUCAGAUUAUACAGAAGAGGAGCAAUCACACAUGGAAGAAGAAGCUGAGAAAGAGUGGCUGGAAAGACUGCAAGAGAGUCUUAAAAAUUCCAUGGAAAAGAAAUGUAUUCCUGGAAAAAAGGUCCCCACUCCUCGCGCUGAGGUGACACUUGGACGGCUUACCAAACGCUUCAUGGACCUGCUCCACACAGCUCCAGAAGGAAUUCUUGACCUCAAUGAGGCCACAGAGAAACUUGGCACUCGCAAGAGGCGGUUGUAUGACAUCACCAAUGUGCUCAACGGUAUCAAGCUCAUCUCAAAGAAGUCAAAAAAUCAGAUUCAAUGGGUAGGUUCAUCUCCUAUAAGCUGUUUCAAAGGCCAAUGGAAGAAUAAGAUGAAGACCGAUCUGCUGAACCUAAAGACUAUGGAGGAGUCUCUGGACUGGCUAAUUAAAGACUGCGCACAGCAGCUCUUUGCCCUAACAGACCUCACGGAAAAUGCUAACUCUGCGUACGUGACGUACGAAGACAUCUGUCGGAUCCCAGCCUUUCAGGAUCAGACGGUGAUCGCCAUCAAAGCUCCUGAGGAGACCAAGCUAGAGGUUCCUACACCCACUGAGGACUGUAUUAAGAUCCACUUGAAGGGGUCAAGGGGUCCCGUCCAUGUGCUGACCUGUGAAACAAGUAGGACAGACGCAACCACGCAGUCUGAACAGCUUAAAAGCGGACAUUUCCUAACGCUGGAGGAGAGCAGGAUAGAGACGAAACCGCUUCUCACAGAUCUUCCUACCAUUUCCUCUGCUGUCCGGAGCGCAUGAAGUUCAGAAAGCAGUAAACAAUCUAUGGAACAGUCAAAAUUGUGUCAUGGACUACACCAAAUUUUUGACACAGUCAAACUGCUGAAAAUCUCCAGAAUCAUUUCUUUUAGGACCUGCUGCUGUACAAAUGUGAAAUAUGUUGAUAGGACCACAGAUUUAUAAGCUUUAUUUUUAUAUAAAUUACUCUGAUCUUACUAAAGUGUUUUCAAACAGUUUUUUGUUCGUAUUUGUACAAUAGGAAUGCAAUUUCCUGAGAUACAGUAGAUACUCAGAUACAGUACAGUUGAGAUAAAGUAGUAAAAAUAU